AUGGUUCUCGAAGUCGGUCCGGGUACGGGCAACUUGACCGUCCGCAUCCUCGAAAAGGCAAAGAAGACCACCGUCGUGGAAAUGGAUCCACGCAUGGCUGCCGAGCUCAGCAAGCGUGUUCAAGGAAAACCGGAACAACGCAAGCUCGACAUCAUGCUUGGCGACUUCUGCAAGACAGAUCUUCCCUACUUUGACGUCUGCAUCUCCAACACUCCCUAUCAGAUCUCUUCGCCGCUCGUCUUCAAGCUUCUCUCGCAUCGUCCGCUGUUCCGAUGUGCCAUCCUCAUGUUUCAACGGGAGUUUGCGCUCCGACUCGUCGCACGACCCGGUGAUAACCUCUGGUGUCGACUCUCCGCCAACGUACAACUCUACUCGAAAGUCGAUCACAUCAUGAAAGUCUCGCGCAACUCGUUCCGACCACCUCCGCAGGUCGAAUCGAGCGUAGUGCGCAUUACGCCGCUCAACCCACCCCCCGCCAUUCCAUUUGAAGAAUUCGACGGUCUGACGCGCAUCGUCUUUUCCAGACGGAACAAGACGGUUAGAGCCAGUUUCUUCGACGCAAGAGGUGUGAUUGAUAUGCUCGAGUCCAACUACAAGACCUACUGCGCAGUGAAGGAGAUCAUGCCGGAGGAAGGGAGCUUUGCGGAGAUGGUGAAGCAGGUGUUGGUGGAUACGGGGUGUGCGGAGGAUAGAGCGGCAAAGAUGGACAUUGACGAUCUGCUAAAGUUGCUAGCUGCUUUCCAUGAGAAGGGUAUCCACUUUUCUUAA